CGCUUCGAAAAACUUUUCAGCUCGCGAUAUCUGCGAUGGAUUUUUAUUCCGUCGUUCCAACUGCACAUGCGAACGCUUGGAUUCGCUGUAAAACUGUUCUCCCGUCGACCGAUAACACUGAACCUACGAAACUUUCGCGAGUUAAGUCAUUGCCUCCGCGGACCAUGUUGUUACAGUUUUUUACAGCUUGAUGGGCUGCGGCCAAGACGAGGCCAUGCGCAGUGUAGGGAUGCCUAGUUAAGGGCCUUUUUUUUUUCCCCUGAAACGGUUAUAUUUGUGUCCAUUGCCGUGGUUGUCUAGCAAGAUGGAAGACUUGGAACGGUUGCGGCAGCCGUGGGAGCCAAACGAGCACUGGGCCAUGCGCCGAGAGUUCAUCCGGCGGCACCGGAACAGAUUUCCAGAGACCCGACUGCUCUGUUUGGCCCAGACAUUUGUGAACAUGGAACUGCUUGGGUGCGCCUACCCAGCUCGCGUAGCAGAGCUUGUGCGCGAGCUAGCGAAAGACGUGCCGAGGUCGGAGCGCGCCAAGGCUCCCGCAGUUGCGCCGGUCGCCUUCGUGAGGGCCAGCGACCUGUCGCCAGAAGAAGCUUCGUUACAAGCUACUGCAGAGUCGUAUACCGCUGUGCCAGACAGACAGCAGUUUGUGGGCGGCUUUGCGAACAGGGCUGGCCUCGGAUCCAAGCCGCGCAAACAACCGGCUGGCGGUGAUGAUUCUCACCUCAGCAACGCCGUGCCUACAAGGCAGCAGUUUGUGAGCGGCUUUGCGAAUAGGGCUGGCCUGGGAUGCAAGCCGCGCAAUCAACCGGCUGGCGGUGAUGAUUCCCUCGACCCUAGCAACGCUGUGCCUACCAGGCAGCAGUUUGUGGGAGGCUUUGCGAACAGGGCUGGCCUUGGGUUCGAGUCGCGCAAGCGGUCGGCUGACAGUAGCGAUUGUCCGGACUCUGCCAGCACCGCGAAGCUUGCGCGAAAGCCAACCGACAAGCCUUCGGAGAAGAGUGUCCUCGCGCGAUCCGAAAGAUCGCCGCCUCCAGUCGAUUCCAAAGAUUCUACUAGGCUCCCGAAAUUCCAGGCCGCGGCGCAGAUGAUCAGAGACGACGUAAUCAGCGGGCCCAACACGCUGGACAAGAUGCAGCAGGUGUUCUCUAAGUGCGGCUUCAGUCUGGACGUGCAGUUCGAGGAGCAGCCUGCCCAGAAACAGAAACCACUCACGUUCGAAUGUGUUGUAUGCUCGGACGGUGAAACACUGGGAAAAGCGUCGGCCUCUAACAAAAAAGAGGCAAAGCGCCUCGCUUUCCAGGUAAUCUGGGACAGUUUCUCCCGUGUUCCCGACAGCCCCAAGACUCCCGUACGCGUGCAGGCGCCGUUUCGCAAGUUCGAACAGAGUGGCAGCCGUGUUAAUUCCGCAAAGCAGCAAACCAGCCCCGAGAAGGAUUGCACUCAACAGAAUUUGGCAGAUGAUGAUGGCAUGCUAAAUCUAGAAACACUGGUUGUGGUUCAAGCAUUGAAUUCUUCCUGUGAUGUUAUGUCAACCUUGAGUAGGACAGCAUGUGCAAACAGGCUGAGAGGCACUUUCGAAGUAGAGAGUACAGAAUCUGGGUACAAAUGCACAUACAUACUUGGGCACUGCGAAAUCAAGCACGGUGUAGCCGAGACAAAGCAGGAGGCAAAGCUCGAAGCAGCCUCUGCAUCCCUGGCAUACCUUCAGAGUGUAGCUCCUACACUUAGGAUGAAACGGCGUGUAGAUGGACAUGGUCCUGAGUUGACCAAGAACACCUUUGGCACUCCUGGUGAAAGCAAUGCCCAGGAACAAAUAACCUCUGAAAACAUUGGCCAUAAGCUGCUGAAGAUGAUGGGUUGGAGUGGUGGUGGGAUAGGAAAGGAAGGUCUUGGCAUUGUGGAACCUGUUAUGCUUAAGGAAACAUGUGGCCGGAAGGGCCUUGGCUUCAGCGGGGGCCCUGCCCGCAUGGGUAGCAACUUCAAGACUAAGGUUCAUCAGGUGCUCAAGGAGUUUGCAGACACAGUGGUGCUGCAGGACCUUGUGUUUUCGCCCGAGUUUGACAAUGAGGAAAGGAAGUAUGUGCACUCGGUGGCGCGCAGGUACGGCCUCAAAAGUGUAAGUGUGGAUGGACCAUCGGGCAGGUUUCUCACUGUGCGUCACAAACUAUCUGUGCGGCAGCUUGUGGAUACGAUCCUUACCUCGGGACCAACAGAGAAGUAUGAAGUUGUUCUGCCAGGACAGCAAGAUUCUGACGAAGAUAGUUGACGCUUAUCACUGAGAUGAGAAGUUGCUGCAUAGUGCUGCACUGUAUCGCGACAGUGAGUGAAAGAAUGCGUUCCAGCAAUGGCCACCGAUAAAAAUUGCACUGCAGCAAAUGAAACCAGAUUGCAAUGAUUGUGUGAAUAAAAUGGACUUACGCAAGCA